GUGGCCGCAGCGUGGCCCGGCGGCUUCUGGCUGCGUCCUGCCUGGACUCUCCAAGCGCCCCAUCCCGUGCGCCCAAGUCCUCGCCCACGGCAGCACUGUUCCCACGGCUCAAGGCUGUUGAUGGAGAAGGGGGCGGAUGACAGCCGGCACCGUGGUCAUCACCGGGGGCAUCUUGGCCACAGUGAUCUUGCUCUGCAUCAUCGCAGUGCUGUGUUACUGCCGGCUCCAGUACUACUGCUGCAAGAAAGACGAGGAGGAGGACGAGGACGACGAGGAGCCCGACUACGCGGUGCACUCCAGCCUGCCGCCGCUGCACUCCAACCGCAACCUCGUGCUGACCAACGGGCCGGCGCUCUACCCCGCCGCGGCCACCUCCUUCAGCCACAAGUCCCCGCAGGCCCGCGCCCUCUGCCGCAGCUGCUCCUACUACGAGCCGCCCACCUUCUUCCUGCAAGAGCCUGAGGACGAGGGCGUGCGCAACGGGGGCGAGCGCGUGGCCUACCGGAGCAUCAGCCAGGAGGACGUGGAGCUGCCGCCCGGCGCUUUCGGGGGCCUGCAGGCGCUCAACCCCAACCGCCUCUCGGCCAUGCGCGAGGCCUUCUCCCGCAGCCGCAGCAUCAGCACCGACGUCUGAUCGCAUGGCAGC